GUGUGAAUGUGGAUUUGACUGCGAGAAAUCAGUACUGGUGGGAGCUGGACUGAGUUAGCUAGCUAGUGAAAAGUGAGAUGGUCGCACCUUUGUCAAUUUCCCAACCCAGUCUGUUUAAAAGGCAUCGCUUCUGCUUCCAGACCAAGAAGAAAGCAGCCCUAUUUGUGUCGUUCUCGGUACUGUUGAUACGCCAUCCGUCCAGUGCCGCGACAAUAACAAUACCACCGACAAGCAAAAAGCAAAAGUAAAAGCAAAAGAGCCACCAGCAAACCCUUCGGAUUCCACUCAUAACUUACUUUCCAAGGAUUCCAUCUCUCAUCAGUCCUAGAUCUCCUCAUUACUUUUCUGCUCAUCACUAAACAAACAAACAACUUAACCAUGAUUGUUAUCCCAUCUGAUACCUCUGCUUCAGCUCCUCUGAUGCCUCUUUCCAUGUCGUCUCCCCUCUCUCCAGUGGUCGCAUCCGUCUCUCCUCUCAAGGAUGAUGCCGAGCCAAUCGCCCCUCGAAGAGUUUCUUUCCGAACCAACGAGAUUGAGCAGCAACGAAUUGCCUUUCUGGUGCAGAGUACCCUGGUCGAAGAUGACGAGGAAGAUGAAACCGACUGCCAGAACAUCAGCAAGACCAUCAGCAGCCCACUGGUAGUAAAAGAAGAAGAAGAAACUACCAGCCGAGGCCUCGAGCUCAAGACUUCUCCGGCACGCCAAACGCGCAAGUUUACCAUUCUCAAGAGCAUUGUCAAGAACCAAAAGCACUGCAGCCCGGAACAACUUUCCAAGCUGGCACGGGUCUGCAACCGAUGGGCUGCAGUAGCUGCCAAGGCACAAGCCGAUCAAGAUUUCCAUGAUGUCUACCAGCCAUCAUCAGCAGCAGCAGCAGCACCUCAAAUUCCCGACAUGGCUCGCUACCCCAUGCCCUUCAAAAAGAAUAGCAGCAGCAGCAAGCGUUCCUCUUCAUCCUCUUCAUCCUCUUCACAAGAAGAACACACACGACGAGUACGAGCCAGAACUCACUAGAUAGAUAGAUAUACCAUCCUUCCCUUUACCUGGCACACUUCCUUGCUACAGUAACAGCUAGAUAUAGACAACACUUUCUCAUAACCUAAAACUAUUCUCUAUACU